AUGGUCGCUCCAUGCAAGUCCGUACAUUACAGAGCAAACCUUCCUGAUGGCAUCAACGGCCCUGCAGGUUGUGGAGUCCAACAUGUCCUCCCUCAAUGGCCAGGUCAUUGUCAACUUUGCUACCAGUGCGGUCGAGGAAUUCAUGCUGGCCCAGCGAGAGCGUGA